UCAUUCGUGGUCAACGGCCACACUAAGCCCAAAGAAAAACAAUAAUAGUGAAUUCAGUAACAAUAAAUAACAGAAAAAAAGAAUUCCAAAUGCACGAUAUUUUGCCGACAAUGGAUGGGGUCUUCCUUGGACUACCGGGUCACUACUCGGUAGCUCUGAUCACGCUUGUCCUGUGCGUUUUGAUUGCUUUCUACUUCGCCAACAUCUUCAAGGACAAGGGAGAACUGGAGGACGAAGGUUUGGGGGCCGACGAGCCGCGCGAUGAGGAGGAUUUCGAGUCGAAUACUCCACAAGGAGAGGAAACCGACGACGACGAGGCCUACGAAGAGAACUCCACCGACAGCGAAGUGGAGCUUAUCGAGGAACAGCUGCCCGGGCACAAUUACAACCACCUGAUGGGCCAGCUCAAAGCCAAAAGGUUCCAGCACAAGAUGGAGAAGACUUUGACUCCCAGUCAAAUCGAGGAGGAAUGCCGAAUAGAGAGGGAGCAGCUGGCGGCCAUCUUUGAGCUCCUGCGCAAACAGGAGGCGGAAUUAAACCUCCAGGACCGCAUAAGCGACCAGGAUCUCAAGCAGCAGGUGCGGCUCUAUCGCUAAAGUGCCACAAGCCUAGGCUCAUCCUACCUGACUGUGCAGGAUUGUGUGAUCUAUAAGUUAAAUGUUUAAAAUCCCAGGCUUUGUUGUUGCCAUAUUUGGCCCACUUUCUACGGGAAAGUCUUUAGUCAGAAACUAUAUAAUCAGUCGAUAACGUCGGGGUAUUAUUAUAUCAUCAUUUUAUGUAAAUUAUAUGUAUUCAAAUUUACUCUUUGUAUUCUGUGAGUUCCUAGUAUAAUUAAUUUUUGAUUUAUCAGUUUUGUAGUAAAUGUUCUGAUCAUAAAGUAUGUUGAAAUCAGUUAUCGAAUUAAGAAUAUAUAUUUUUACAUGUUACAAGCUGUGCUAAAGCUCAAGAUCAAAAAACAUUCUACGUAAUAUAAAAACCUAGCAUAACCUUAGUAUUUAAACAUAUUUAGUUGAUUAGAAUAAAAUUGUAUUUAUAUAGCUUUUUAGUGUCAUUGCUUGAUUUAUUUGUUUAAUAAAGAAUGUAAAGCUGUGUUAAAAUGUAA